AUGUCGCUGUGGAGUCGCUUUGUGCGCUUGGGCCCGGUGGCGGCUGUGCCGCUGGCGCUGGCGGUGCAGCGCAGCAAGGAUGCGAAGAGGUAUCCUGCUGGAUGCCGGCAGGAGCCUGAGAAGCCGCCGCAGUUCAAACGUGUCCUGGUCACUGGCGGCGCCGGAUUUCUCGGCUCUCAUAUCUGCCGUCGUCUUCUGGCAGAGGGUCACGAAGUAAUGUGCAUGGACAACUUUUUCACCUCCACGCGAUCUGGCAUCGCAGAUCUCAUGGGCCAUCCGCGCUUUGAAUUCAUUCGGCAUGAUGUGACGGAGCCAUUUUUCUGUGAGUGCGACAUGAUAUACAACAUGGCGUGUCCAGCCUCACCUGUGCACUAUCAGUGGAACCCGAUCAAGACGACAAAGGUUUCGGUCUUGGGCACCAUCCACAUGAUGGGUUUGGCCAAGCGGGUCAAAGCCCGCAUUCUGCAAGCGUCCACCAGCGAGAUCUAUGGAGACCCGGAGGUCACACCGCAAGCGGAGGAGUACUGGGGACAUGUGAACACCAUUGGUGUUCGGUCCUGCUAUGAUGAGGGCAAGCGAGUAGCAGAGACAUUGGCUUUCGACUACCUGCGCAGCAACAACGUGGACAUCCGCGUUGCCCGAAUUUUCAACACUUAUGGUCCAGGCAUGCACCCCUACGAUGGCCGGGUGGUGAGCAAUUUCAUUCUGCAGGCGCUCCACGAUGAGGACAUUACUAUCUACGGCGAUGGUUCACAAACUCGAUCCUUCGGCUUUGUGGACGACACAGUGGAUGGCCUCAUCCGAUUGAUGAAUCAGGAGAAGACCAUUGGGCCGGUCAACAUUGGAAACCCGAAUGAGUUCACCGUCAAGGAGCUCGCGGAGAUGAUCGUUGAGCUGACCGGCUCCAAGAGCAAGAUCAUCUAUUUGCCCCUGCCCGGCGAUGACCCCAAGCAGCGGCGGCCCAACAUCCGCCGUGCCAAGGAGCUCUUAGACUGGGAGCCCAAGGUUCAGUUGCGAGAGGGCUUGCUCAAGACCAUCGAAUAUUUCAAGGCCCUAGAUCUGAGAAAGUACGGCAAGCCAACCGCGCAUGAUGCGCACAGAACCACGCUGAAUGAGGAGCAGAAGAUCAAGAGAAAGCUGUCGUAUGCUCUGAUUCCUCCAGAAUGA